CAACAUAAAUGAAAUCUAAGAGGUGGUGAUAAGUUAAUUAAUAACCUUAGUUCAAGAACUAGAAAGUUAAGUGAUUUUGGCGGGAAAGCAAUGAGUUCAUCGGCGGUAGAGACAGAGUCACCGGAUCUGGUUUGCGAGCUCGAUAAUGUUCAAGGCAUGGUCGACGCUCUCACCUCAGUCAGAUGGAAACGCCAUCAGGAUGCAGUUUUGGAAUUAAGUGAGCAUGGAAUCGUUUUGAUCGUUGAGGACACUGGUUGUCUUCAAGCAAAGGUUUAUCUACAACGAGAGCUUUUUGUUCGAUAUGAGUAUAGUGCACAUGGGCGACCUAGAUUUGGAGUAAGUUUGGGACUGUUUGUGGAUUGCCUCAACACAUUCUGUAUUCCUGGACAUUCUGGCCCAAUCGAGUUCCAGUAUCCCGGCCCGGAUAUGCAGCUUCUUCUCAAAUCUACUGAUUCAUUAAGUAGUUGUACUUAUGCGGAGAUCAGAACUAGGAUCCCCGACACUAUUUCAUGGGACUACAAUUUUGAACCUGCAGGAAGCACCCCCAUCAGUUUUACCGUUAAGUCAUCAGCCUUAAAAGAAGCUAUUGAUGAUCUUGAAUGGCCAGGAUCAAGCAUCCAAAUAACCCUGCAACCAACUCCUCCAUCCGUUACUUUUAAAGGGGAAGGCCAUGGGGACUUGCAGAUCGACUUCAUGUAUUAUGCAAACAUGGAUCUCCUAACCGCGUUUAACUGUGAUCAAGUUGUUUCUCACAGGUACAAGUACAAGUUUCUUCGUGCAACAACUUCCAACAUACCGAGCAGUGUUAUCAAAGACAACAGAGGAAGCAAACUGACAAUUGGGAGAGGCGGGAUGUUAAAAGUUCAACAUCUUGUGUCGGUUGCAAAGCCAUCUAAUUCUCACCAGCAUAUUGAUUCUGUUGGUCCGCCGCCCAGUCGCAUUGCUUACAUUGAGUUCUUCGUGAAGCCACAAGUAGAUGAAGAAAACGCGUAUGAUUCGUAGGAUACUGAUAUUUGUUUACCGAUGGGUGUCUGAUAAUGUUUAUUCUAAAACAUGAAUGACAACUUUUCUUUAAUUUGGUUAUCUAGUUAAUCAAUAGGAAAUUAAUCAAAUAUUAUAAUAAAUCAUGUGAUCCAAUAAUACUAAUGUAAUGUAACGAACAUUCACUCGA